CUUCUCUUUCCCAUUCAUUUAUCAGGCACCCAGUAAACUCAGUCUGCACCUUAGAUCCAAAUACCUUUCCAGCCUCUAUGGAUAUUGACCCCCACGCUCACUUACUCCACUUGAGAAACUUCACCUAUUUUUCCUUCUUCUCUGAGUUGCACAACUCUGACCAUGCUGCUGCCACUGCUGUCGAGACUGUUGCCAUCUCGUCUGUGCUCCUGGUGUCCGUGGCAGCAAACACGGGAGCUGCAGCCUUGGUAACCUGGGAACGCAGACUGCUGGCCAACAAGACCAUCCUGACCCUCAACUUGUUUGUGGCCGACCUGCUGUUUGUCAGCAUGAUCCCAUUGAUAGUGGCAGUGCGUUGGACCGUGUCCUGGACGCUGGGGUUCACGGCCUGUCACACUGUGCUGUUUGUCAUCUGUAUGAGCGGCUCCGUCACCAUCACCACCCUGGCCUCCAUCAGCGUGGAGAGGGUCCAGGCGAUCCUUCGGAUGCAGACUGCGCCCACUCUGAACCCCAGGAUGGUGACCGCCACCCUCAUCUUCAUCUGGGCUUUCUCUGCACUCACUGCUCUACCCCUCAGCCUCUUCUUCACUGUGGUGGAAGUCGAUUUCCCUGAGCAGGAACAUUUACACAUCUGUACUCUCAAGUGGCCUGACUCCACAGCGGAGAUUGUGUGGAAUAUAUCCUUCACCGCCCUGUGCUUCCUUCUCCCAGGACUCGUUAUUGUGUUCAGUUACAGCAAAAUAUUGCAGAUUGCUAAAAGUUGCAGGCGAAGACUCCAAACCUGUGAUAGUCCGUUCCCAGUUGGCGAGUCUCCGGAGUACCACAUCUCCCGCCAGGAUAUGAAGCUCUUCCGCACUCUCCUGGUCCUGGUCUUCUCCUUCCUACUCAUGUGGAGUCCCAUCUUCAUCAACCUAAUACACCUAGAACACACUUUUCUAAUGGUUGCUACGCUCCUGAGCUGGUGCAUUCUAUUCCUAGAUCACAGAUAA